GAUCGAACAAACUUUUCGUCUUCCCCGCAGGGCUUCGUUUUUCAUCAUCAGUCUCGCGGAACGGCAGCAGCACAAAACGUCAUUCACUCAUUUUAUAUUUUUCAAUCAGUCGUCGCAACAAAAAAUAUUUUUUGUGCUAUUCCGAGAGAUUUUCUACCGUCGUAAUAUCUGCCACCGGUUUGCCAACCGCCCGUACUCGCGAAAUGUGCUGAUAUUGUCUGGAAUCCGAUCCCCACAGAGUCCGUUUUUGUGAUAUUAGCGUUUAGUUGGUCGGGGUGUGGAAGGUUGCGGAAGUGGGAAGGGUGGCGUAGCAGCCCUCCUCGUCCGUGAAAAGCUUCAGGUCCCAAAAUCUUUCAGUGUGUGUGUGCUUGAGGAGCAGCGUUGUGAAAAGGAAGGAAGCGGAAGAAAAAUUACAUAAAGAAUAAGAAAAAUCCCGAGGAUUUUCUUCGAGCAGUUUGCGGAGAAAACGGAUUACCAGCUGAGCGGUUAUUCAACUGCCCAACCGGAGCUGCAAGAAAGGUUAUUUCCCCCGUUUGGCAAAUCCUAGGAGUUCAAGGACACUUGACUUUUAAGGAAGCAGAAUGUCCACUCCUGCCCGUAGACGUCUAAUGCGAGAUUUCAAAAGACUUCAGGAAGACCCACCGACCGGAGUUUCUGGAGCACCCACAGAUAACAAUAUCAUGAUCUGGAAUGCUGUAAUUUUCGGUCCACAUGACACACCGUUCGAAGAUGGCACAUUCAAGCUAACGAUAGAGUUCACCGAGGAGUAUCCCAACAAACCUCCAACCGUACGCUUUGUAUCAAAGAUGUUCCACCCGAACGUUUACGCCGACGGAGGCAUUUGUUUGGAUAUUCUACAAAAUAGAUGGAGUCCAACGUACGAUGUUUCUGCUAUUUUGACUUCCAUACAGUCACUACUUAGUGAUCCUAAUCCAAAUUCACCUGCAAACUCAAUGGCGGCACAAUUAUACAAGGAAAACCGUAGAGAGUACGAAAAGCGAGUAAAAGCAUGUGUCGAGCAGAGUUUUAUCGACUAGCCCCUUUCCCCGGAGAAAUGUCGCGCCCCCUGGUGUAAGAAUCCUUGUGUAGGGAACCUUCAUUACCAUCCCGACUUCAUUUCUCUUUCCCAACGCUGUUUCCUUGUAUCUUUUCCAUUCAGUUAAAAUUCGGACAGUCAGUCGAUUAGUUCUCUACAAAUCUGCGAAUAAUUUCCAUACUUCAACUGAACCUUCUCUGCAAGUAGAAGCUAUUAAUAGCAGACGACGUCACGCAAAGAGCAAUUCUAUUAGAGAACUCGGAAUUUGAUCCACAGGAGAUAACUUACCACAAAUACUAAUAACGGAGUUUAAAAUCGUACAGUUAUGAGUGAAUACCAACUACGCUGUAAAAACAUUUAUUUGACAUUGUUCCCUCUCGGCAGAUGUUUAGACGAACAGAAAAAAAGUUGAUAUAAAUAAUAAAAGCAUACAUAAAUGUACCAACUACAAGGUGUUUAAUAUUAAUAAGCAAAAAUCAACAAUGAUAUGUAUGACCACACUCACUCACACACGCAUGAUAACUACAGAUAAAUAUAAAAAUAUCAAGAAUAACAAUGAACUAUGAGUAGAUGGAUCGGACGACCUACAUUCAAGAAGCACUUAUUGAAGUGAAAUGUGAAAUAAUAAAAUCCAAGUCUUAUUUAAACAAUAAAAGUUUAAUUUAAAAGUAAACUUACUGUACUACAAAAAUUAAAGAAAAAAAUAGUAAAAUAAAAUAUAUAAAAUGUA